UGUAUGGAACCUCGGGGAGUCUCAUUCACAUGGAAAACCACUUCUUAAUUCUAAUUGGUGGCCAGUGUAAAUCCUCCACUCCCAUUUAAACCAGCAGUCAGCAGUUUGUAUUCCUGCUGCUUCACAUGUACCACAGACUUAAGCAUCCAUUCACCUUCUCAGCCGACUUCUGGCCACAUCUCCACAGCGUAGAACCUUUAGUUGGAUUUAAGGAAAAUCGACCUAUGGAAUUAUUUUUUAGUUUUUGUUGUUGUCAGUAGUUUUAUUAGCACACCAGAGGCUUUCUGCUCUCAGCACUGAUUAUUGAUCAGUUUGUCAGAUUGAUCAUUAUGGCAUCCACUUUGGCUCCUGUUACAGGAGAAAGCAGGCCGGCGUUUUCCAUCGAGCGGAUUCUGGGUUUGGAGCUGGAAAGACCUGGAAACUGCCUGAAGCUCCACCGACCCUGGGCAGAGAUCGGAGCGGAGAAGGAGAACACAGGACACAGCAGUUACUCUAAACAACAACAGUGUUGUCAACAACAACAACAUCAUCAUCCUCAGCAGCUGAACUCUCCCAGACCGACAUCAAACUGGUACAUCGGACGCAGACCGCGCACUGCUUUUACCAACAGCCAGGUGAAUAUACUGGAGAGAGUGUUUCAGGUGAACUGUUAUCCAGGUAUCCAGCUGAGGGAGCAGCUGGCCGGGAGACUUGACUUGGACGAGGACCGAAUACAGAUCUGGUUCCAGAACCGGCGGGCCAAGCUGAGGCGUGCCCUCAGAGAAACCCGUCUGCAGCUGGUCCAGACGGCUGUGGCUGACCUCGGUGUCAGACACGAGGUCAUAGGUCAACUGAAGGUCCAGCGAGACGUGCAAGGUGACCUUGAGCUCGCCCGGCGGCUCGCCUCCCGUCUCCAGCUUGAGGUUGAGGAAGAGGACGAGGAGUGACGCUAAUGAACUCAGAAUGUCAGGACUUCUUCUUCUUUCCUUCCAAAUGUCAUUAAAACAUAACUGUAGAGAACAAAUGUACACAUAGGAUCCUGGUGAUAACUGGACCAACCGGUUGUUUCUGGCUUUUUGAAAUCUGUAAUUAUCAGGAUUUUUAGGAAACAGGAUGAACAGGUUCCUCUGUCAAGCAAAUUGAGGAAUUGAGGAAGUAUGUCAACUGUUGAAGGUUCAUCGGUUCAGAGAUCAAACGUUGUUAUUAGAUCUGCUCUGGAUCAGUUUGUGUAAUGCUCUGUUAUGUAAAGUGUCUAUGUGAAUAGGUUUCUAUUCUCUCAACUGUACAAAGUCUAAUUAAAACUAAUUAAAGCUAAUUAAAGUAUUUCAA